AUGACUACAUCCAGCUGGUCUUCUUUCGCUAAAUACUUUGAGCUAUUAAGUAGCCCGGGUCGACCUAGCGCUGAUGAUAUUGCAUUCGUUCGCAACCAGUUGCUUUCAUUAAACAAGCCUAUAAACGGUAUUCUACUUGGUGUAACCAAAGAACUUGCAAAAUUGGCCAGUGAAGAAAUUAACAUCACUGCUGUAGACAACUCAUUAGAAAUGAUAAAACACCAAUGGAUCGGAAAUAGCUCAAAUCGUACCGUAAUACUAGAUGACUGGCUAAAUCUUCCAUCACAGUUCACAAGUGUCGAUUUUGUUAUCGGUGAUGGAGUUUUUACAGUGUUGGAUCGAAAGUCAUCACAUCUUCUCAUGGAAUGUGUGCGAGCGGUUCUUUCGGAUGAUGGAAUAUUUAUUGUGCGACUAUUCUGCAGUCCAGAGAUGCGUGAAAGUUUUGAGCACAUUUAUCAUAACACGACAAAUAAUCUCAAUGCGUUCGAAUGGAGACUAGCACAAUCGAUGUGUGAUUCUAACUUUGAAGUUUGUAUGAAAAAUUUUCUGGACAGGUUUAAGCAAGUAAUUAGUGCAUCAGAUAUCGAACACUUUGGAUGGACCAAAGAGCAGCUGUCAACUAUAGAACCAUAUGCGAACUCACCUUGUACCUUAACAUUCAUGACCGAAACAAUAUUCAAGGAAUUAUGUAAAGAGCAUGGAAUGGAAAUUAUCAAUAGAUUUACUGGUUCAUAUGAGCUUAGUGAACGUUGUCCAACUUUCGUGCUUCGUAAAGCUUAA